UUAAAACAUACACCCCAAUACCUCGUCAUUUACAUAGCGCCACAUUAAUAGAUAAUAAGCUUUAUAUAUUAGGUGGCGAUACUGGUCCUAACGAUGUUAAUACAUUUUUGCCUUCAAAUAAUUUCUUUUAUCACAAUGUCUCUGGCACAUUUAAUACGUCAAAUAUUCCAUGGAUAAAUCUAUCAAUUGUCAUUGCAGUAUCUGCUAGAAACAAUUUCAUUUUCUUAUUUGGUAGAGGAUUAGAGAAUUCAAGUUAUGGAAUUCCUUUAGUUUACAUGUUUGACAUUACAAAAAAUGUGUGGAAUAUUCUUGCUAUACAAGAAACACAACCUCCUAGACACGAAUCAAUUCAUUCAAUUAUCGAUGCUAGGCGGAGACUAUAG